ACCAAAGAAGGAAGAAUGCUGAAGAUGGAAGAGUACCAUAGAAGGAACAAGAAACGUUACUUUCUCCUAUCUAUAUAUAAAAUUAUAACAUCACGGACUUCAUAUAUACUACAAAGUGAUCAAGUGCACCAAAAUGAAGAGAUACAGCCGCAGAGGACGAACAAACAUGAACAAAAAGACCCUCAAUCUACCAAUGGAUUUGAUAAUUCAGAUCCUGUUGAGGUUGCCAGUGAAGUCUCUUGUACGUUUCAAGUGCGUUUGUAAGUCAUGGCUUUCACUCAUCACUGAUCCCCACUUUGCAAAAUCACAUUUUCAACUAGCUGCGGCACUCACCCAUAGGCUCUUGUUAGCACCAGCUUCUGUUCCUGAAACUCGAUCUAUAGACUUAGAUGAUGCAUCACUAAACGAUGAUUCUGCAUCUACUACAAUAGAACUUAAAUUCAUGCUUCCUUCAUAUUACUUUCAUCUUAGUUCGUGUAGAGGGUUUCUGUUUUUGGAUUGUAAUCCAAACCUGUUUCUUUGGAAUCCAUCCACUGGUGUUCACAACCAAAUACCACAUCCACCUAUUUCCUCCAAUGUGGAUGCCUUCCUUUUCACCUAUCUAUAUGGUUUUGGCUACGACCCAUCACAAGAUGACUAUUUAGUGGUUCUAGCUUCAUAUGAUCCAAACUCAGCUGAUUAUUUAACCCAUUUGGAGUUUUUCUCUUGGAGAGCCAAUACAUGGAAAGAAAUUGAGGGUACCCAUUUGCCUUAUAUGAACGCUGGCGAUGAUCCCAGAGUUGGGUCACUCUUGCAUGAUGCUAUUCAUUGGGUGGCUUUUCGUCACGAUAUAAAUGUUGAUCUUAUUGUUGCAUUUGAUUUAGUUGAAAAAAGACUUUCUGAUAUACCUCUGCCAGAUGAAUUUUACCAUGAAUCUGCAGAUUAUGAUGUGUGGGUGUUUCGAGGAUUUCUCAGUCUAUGGGUUGUGGAGGCUGAUACAGUUAGUAUAUGGGUGAUGGAAAGGUACAAAUUGCAGUCAUCUUGGGUUAUGACUCUUGCUCUAUCUUUAAAUGACAUUCCCAAUAAAUACUUUUCCCCAAUAUGUUGUACAAAAAAUGGUGAUAUUGUUGGAACAGAUGGUUAUAAGGAGCUGGUGAAGUAUAAUGGCGAAGGAGAGGUACUAGAGCACUGCUCUUAUGAUGAAUAUCCUUAUACUUAUGUUUCCCUGGCCAUGUAUACAGAGUCUCUGCUUUCACUCCCUGCUGGUGAACAAGUUGAAGAUGUGUGAUGAUAACAAACAAGAAGAAUGAGGUUGUGUAAUAUGCUAUAUGACUUGUAAGAAUGAGGUUUCACAUCUUAUUUGUAUUAUGAUGAUAUAUAAUUUUUUUUUGAACUAGAUGAUAUAUAAUAUUA